GUGUCGGCCGAGUCCGUGUCAUGGUCUCUCUCAUCGCUGUCACGCUGUCUCAUUUGCUCAUUUGACACAAGUCGCCAGCAUCAUCGAUCACGUGACCAGAAUGCUGUGCUACGUGUACGACGUGUCUGCCAAAUUCUCAAACGAAAGUUGAAAAGUACCGUAAUUUCUUUGGAGAGUGGCCGCACAAGCGACGUGACAUCUUUGGAAGGGUGUAAUAAGAAAUAACUGUGAUUAUUUAUUAGAUUAUUAGUGAAUAAGUGUCUUCUAUACACCCAUCAAAAUGGGGAUUAAAUUUCUAGAGGUUAUUAAGCCUUUCUGUAGCAUUUUACCUGAAAUAGGGAAGCCUGAAAGAAAAAUUCAAUUCAGAGAAAAAGUACUAUGGACUGCUAUAACUUUAUUUAUCUUCUUAGUAUGCUGUCAGAUCCCUCUGUUUGGUAUAAUGAGUUCGGACUCUGCAGACCCCUUCUACUGGAUUCGUGUUAUUCUUGCAUCAAAUAGAGGUACACUUAUGGAACUGGGUAUUUCGCCAAUUGUAACAUCUGGUUUAAUCAUGCAACUGUUAGCUGGUGCAAAGAUUAUUGAAGUUGGUGAUACUCCAAAAGACAGAGCUCUGUUCAAUGGUGCACAAAAAUUGUUUGGCAUGGUCAUCACAGUCGGCCAAGCCAUAGUCUACGUAAUGACAGGCAUGUACGGUGACCCCGCCGAAAUAGGCGCGGGAGUGUGUCUCCUCAUCAUCAUCCAACUCUUCGUGGCGGGACUGAUCGUCCUGCUGCUCGACGAGCUCCUCCAGAAAGGCUACGGCCUUGGUUCCGGAAUCUCCCUCUUCAUCGCCACCAACAUCUGCGAAACCAUCAUCUGGAAGGCGUUCUCUCCGGCGACAGUGAACACCGGAAGGGGCACGGAGUUUGAGGGGGCUGUGAUCGCCUUGUUCCACUUGCUGGCUACUAGGCAGGACAAGAUCAGGGGACUCAGAGAGGCGUUUUACAGACAGAACCUUCCUAAUCUGAUGAACUUGCUAGCUACGGUUCUUGUUUUCGCCAUAGUGAUAUACUUCCAAGGGUUCCGGGUCGACUUGCCGAUAAAGAGUGCCAGGUAUCGCGGCCAGUAUUCCAGCUACCCCAUCAAACUCUUCUACACCUCCAACAUUCCCAUCAUCCUGCAGUCCGCCCUGGUCUCCAACUUGUACGUCAUCUCGCAGAUGUUGGCUGUCAAGUUCCACGGCAACUUCCUCAUCAACUUGCUGGGCGUGUGGGCGGACGUGGGCGGCGGUGGACCCGCCCGCUCCUACCCCAUCGGCGGGCUCUGCUACUACCUGUCCCCGCCCGAAAGCGUCAGCCACAUCCUGGAGGACCCGGUGCACGCUCUGCUCUACAUCGUGUUCAUGUUGGGGUCUUGCGCGUUCUUCUCGAAAACGUGGAUCGAGGUUUCAGGCAGCUCGGCGAAGGAUGUGGCAAAACAGCUCAAGGAACAGCAGAUGGUGAUGCGGGGGCACCGAGACAACUCGAUGAUCCACGAGCUGAAUCGGUACAUUCCCACGGCGGCUGCCUUCGGGGGGCUUUGCAUCGGGGCCUUGUCGGUUUUGGCUGACUUUAUGGGGGCGAUCGGUUCGGGUACUGGUAUUUUGUUGGCGGUGACGAUUAUUUACCAGUAUUUCGAGAUUUUCGUUAAAGAGCAGAGCGAGAUGGGCGGCGUUGGUGCCCUUUUGUUCUAGUUGGACUAUGAAUCGAGAUGUCACAGAGCCCAGCAGGCUUGACUGAUGUUGUGAUUUUUGUUGAAUGAAUACUAACUGUCCUGGCGAUUUUUUUGUUUGUAUGUAUGCAGGCCACCAGUUAUUAUUUAUUUUCAACAAGUUUAUCACUUUGUAUAAAGUGUGAAACGAUUUUUUGUAAUAAAACGUAAUUGAAAAAUGAAGAAAAAUAUUUCUGUUUUCUUUGUAUAUUUUACAUGGAUGCGUUUUGAACGACAUGAUAUUUAUAUUGUAUGGAUGUCCAUGGUGUAUAGUUUAUCCAAAAACAAUUGCAGAAUCUUGUGCCGCACCUGCAGUCACUUCAAAGGAAACUUCAAACACGCCGACGCCGCACAGAGCGGGAUAUUCUGCAAUUGAUAUUGGAUAUACUAUAACUAGUUUUAUUGUAUGGAUGUCCAUGGUGUAACUAGUUUCUAAUUUUACAUUUUUCAUUCAUCUUCAUGCAGUACAAAUUGUGUAUUGGUCAUUUAUUAUUUGUUGUUAGAUAUAAUUUAUUUUAAAUACAGAAAGAUUUCUUGAUAAAUCU